AUGGCCAAAUUUUGUCUUGUCUCUCUUGCGAUGCUAUUGAUUGUUGGAAUCCAGUCUCAACCGUUGCCUGGAGGUGGAGGAAUGCCUGGAGGCGGAGGUAUGCCAGGAGGAGGUGGAAUGAUUUAUGGAAAGGAUGUGGAUGAGGAGCACAUUUAUAGAGUUUGUAAUGGAAAGAACAAGAAAACUUGUGGAUUUUGGGAAAAUGUGAAGACAAAAAAGAAAGUCGCAUCCGGAGGCACCAAUUACAACAAGAACAAGAAAGCGUUGGUUAUUAAAAAUAUGAGAGCUACUGAUUUUGGAGAUUAUAUGACUGGCAACAAGAAGACCGCAGUUUUUGUCAUGCAACAGACUUGGUGA